CUAUGGUUUUCCUCCCAAGUCCAGUCCACUCAAUUAUCCAUUCCAUCACCGUCCGUGACGUGAACAGAACCCAAAAAAGAGAAAUAUUUCUUUUUUUCGCUGUGUGAAUCUCCCUUAUUGGAACACGAGAGAGAGAGAGAGAGAGAGAGAGAGAGAGAGAGAGUAGUUGAGUACGAACUCCAACUGGGUAGUUUAGUAUCCCCUUUACUAAGCUAUCCCAAUAACACAUACAGAUUUCAAAUCAAGCUGUAAUCUUAAUUCUUAGCCAAGUUUGGAGGUUUAGACUCUGGCCGAGCUUAAAAAAUCCCAACUUUGUGCUCAAGUUUCACGAGACAAUGGCAAAAUGACUGUGUUUUCUGCGAGUUGCAAAUCAGCCGAGAUUUACGGAUACUGCACCAGUUGUCUCUGUAAUCGUCAUUUCAGUGUUAGACGCCUAUAUUUCAGGUAUUGAAACUUGGGUUUUGGGUCUUAUCUAUUUUCCUUUGGGAUUUGUUUGAUAAUGUUGGGAGAAUGUUGGAACCUGCAGAUACGCUUCCAAUCCUGAUAGUAGCUUCAUAUCUUCUUGGUACAUAGUUUGAGUUUGGACUGGAUUUGGAUUCGUAUCGAGGUCUCCAGUAAUUUGGGGAAAGUUGGAUGGGUCGGGCUCCAUAGGAUGAGUUGCAAUGAGAAAUUUUUCUUGUCAUCGAACUGGAUUGAUUAGAUUUGGAGCCUCUGUGCUUUGUUAUGGUUGCUUUUUGGUAGCGCCAGUGGAAUUGGGAAGCUGGGGUUUUAACUUUAAGUGAGAGUUUUCAGUUUUUCAUGGCUUCUAUUCGAAGAACUUUGUCCCCCGUUCCUCGACCUGGAACUUCAAUGAAUGGAGAAGCGUGUUCAGUAGGUUCUCCCCUGUCUAGGUCUUCCCUAUCUCCUCAAAACUAUCCUCUAUCUACUGGUCUGCAUUAUUCCCUACUUAAUUCAUUGGACUCCGAAUCUGCCAUUCUUGGUGUCUAUUCUCCGAGGGCUUCUAGACCGAUCGACAAAUCGAAACCCAAGGCACAGCUUUGGAGGAGGGCGCUGUUCCAUUUCUUCAUGUGUUUCGUUGCAGGGCUCCUUGUUGGAUUUACCCCAUUUGCAUCUACCAACUUAUCCAUGAAUUUCAUAUCAAAGUAUCAAGCUUUCCAGUUCGAUAGGAUCCCCACGGUCGGAAAAUUUCAGCCUCAUAAUAGUUCUAGUAGUACCAUCCCUAUUCCAUUGGAAGGUGAAGACAUGAUGAGUAUCCCAGACCAAGCAGAGGUGUCAUUGUAUAAUAACAUUUCUUAUGACAAUCUUGAUGACCAUCUAAUUGCUCAAGAAUUAGAGCCUAGGAAACUACUGAUAAUUGUGACUCCAACAUCUGCUCAUCCACUCCAAUCCUAUUAUCUUAAUCGUUUGGCGCACACGCUGAAGUUGGUCCAGCCACCGCUUCUAUGGAUAGUUGUGGAAGAGUCCUCCCAAUCUGAUGAAACAGCUGAUGUACUGAGGAGUACUGGGAUUAUGUAUAGGCAUAUUGUUUGCAGCAGAAACUUAACCGAUACGAGAGAUGGAAAAGUUCAUCAAAGAAAUCUAGCCCUGUCUCACAUUGAGACCCACCGCCUCGAUGGAAUUGUUUACUUUGCAGAUGAGGAUAACAUCUAUUUGGUUGAUCUAUUUGAGAAAAUGAGGGAGAUCAGACGGUUUGGAACUUGGCCGGUGGCCAAACUAAUAGGGGGUACCAGUAGAUCCGUUCUGGAAGGUUCCAUUUGUAAUGGAAGUCUCGUAAUUGGAUGGCACAUUAAUGAAUCAAGUAUGAGACGCCGCAGAUUUCACGCUGAAAUGUCAGGCUUUGCUUUCAACAGCACCAUUCUAUGGGAUCCAGAGAGGUGGCGUCGACACACUUUAGAACCUGUUAGGCAGCUUGAUACUGUCAGAGAUGGCUUCCAAGCAAGUGACUUCAUUGAACAAAUUGUGGAGGAUGAAAGCCAAAUGGAAGGCUUACUUGAAGACUGCUCAAGAAUCAUGGUCUGGAAUGUUAAUUUUAAACCAUCAAGCGCAGUUUAUCCUCACAAAUGGCUCGUGAUGAAUAAUCUAGAUGUCACUGCUUCACUUACGUGAGAUUUAAGAUCUGAAAGGAAGGUGAGUACUUGAAGCUCUCUUUUUCACUGAUGAUUGUUCUAACUUGUGGUUUAAUGACUUUUUCUAUUCAACUGAAUGGGAAAAUGACAGCCGAGAGACCCCCGUUGGAUUUUCAAAUGUUACGAGUCUAGUGGGCCAUUUAAAAUUCUUUACAUUCUCUCACAUCUCUUGCUUCCAGACCUACUUUCGAGACCAAUAUACAUCAAACUCAUCUUUUCACACGUUUGAAAUCUUGCUGACUUCAUCCAGAAAGAGAUUCCUUGAUCUGCUCAGAUGGCCUUCCAAUGUCCAGAAAUUUUUCAAAUCAUUUCUGUUGCAUACAAAUUGCUUGGCAUUGUCGUUGUCGGUGAGAGAUACUACAAACAGUAGCAGUUUUCAAAUCAUUUUGACUGAUUGUUCACCUGAUGUAGUCGAAUGUGUGCUUCUACUUUGCCAAAAUGGCAAACCUUUUGGAAGGAAGUCCUCUUGUCGUACAAUUCAAUAUUGAUCUCCUUUUCUUCUAAAGGACAUUUGAUGAUUUGAUUUUGUAUAGAAGGACCCAGUUUCAUGUUCCUUCCGUUGUUAGGGACAGGUGAUUAGACUGUAAUUUAAAAACCAUCCCUUAAGGUUCAGAGAGACUCUUGAAGAGGACUGAGUUUUUAGUUCAAUUUUUUUCAUUACAGAAGUAAAAGCAAUUUUGAAUCACUGUUCUUUGGGGUAAAACUGCAUUGCUUUGGCUUGCUCCUGUAUUACACUUGCUUUCAAGCUAUUUAUUUGGUGAAGGCAUUCAACAUUCUCUCUACUAAAACAGUAAACACUACAAAAACAACUCAAGAUUAAUGGAGAGAGUGGGAACUAAUCAGAUCUUUAAA